UCUGCUCCAAACCGGAUAUCACUGCGAAGCCGGGGGUCAGAAACUCUCUUACAGCCAUCUUGGAUAUAACGUCCCAAGUCGCAACCAUGCCCGGUGAAGCCACAGAAACGGUCCCUGUCACCGAGCAGGAGAUGCAGCAGCCUCAAGUGGAGACUGCUACACCUCCUGCCCCAGCUUCAUCCCAGACUGCAGAGGCAGCUUCAGGCUCUGCAAAACCCAAAGGCAAAGAUGCCAAAAGUGCCCAGGGUUCCUCUGCCCCGAAGGCUGUCCCUGGCAGAAGGAAGCGCUCUUCUAUGUCUGCCUCUUCAUCUUCUCCCACCUCACCAAAAUCAGCUACCUCAGCCACCCCCCAGUCCCCUAUAGUAUCUCCCCUUGGAUCCUCACCUGCCAGCAGUCCUGCUAACCGCUUCACACCAAAGGUUGUCAAGGCUGGCAAACAAGGAAAACCAAAGACAGGAGAGGCAUUUGUUCCUGCUCCUGUUUCUGCACCUUUGGAGAGCAAAGUAGCGCCAGCAGUGCAAAAACCAGUGGAGUCAAAGCAAACUGUAGUUGAGGCUAAACCUGCCCCAGAGCCAAGCCCACCAUCACCUGCUGCUGCUAAGCCUGUUCUGGCCCCAGCUGCUUUUAAAGUCACCUCAAAGCCUGCAGUGGCUGCUCCAGUUUCAUUUUCUGAUGCUCUUGAUUCUAGCCCUCCCAAACCUGUUGAAGUUAAGGUAGCUUCACCAAAAGCUACCCCUAUUAUUGCGGCUCUUGAUGAUGAGCUCCCCCCACUUAUCCCACCUGAGAAGCCAGUUAAGAUGCCGGUAAUUGUACCCCCUCUUGAUAGCAUCAAAGCUGAGGCUGUGGUGAAAACCCCACCUGCUCAAGGUGCUAAAGUAAUUGGUGAAGUCUUGGCAGAGGCUCCUAACCCAGUUAUUGAAGCAAAGCCUGUCCCUGUUGAAGCUUUGAAGCCAGUGGAAAAAGCUAAACCUAUGCCUGUUGAGGUUCCCAAGCCAGUUGUAGAGGCUAAACCUGCUCCAGUUGAAGUUCCCAAGCCAGUUGUAGAGGCUAAACCUGCUCCAGUUGAGGUUCCCAAGCCAGUUGUAGAGGCCAAACCUGCUCCAGUUGAGGUUCCCAAGCCAGUUGUAGAGGCCAAACCUGCUCCAAUUGAGGUUCCCAAGCCAGUUGUAGAGGCUAAACCUGCUCGAGUUGAGGUUCCCAAGCCAGUUGUGGAGGCUAAACCUGCUCCAGUUGAGGUUGCCAAGCCAGUUGUGGAGGCCAAACCUGCUCCUGUUGAGGCUCCCAAGCCAGUUGUGGAGGCCAAACCUGUUCCAGUUGAGGCUCCCAAGCCAGUUGUAGAGGCCAAACCUGCUCCAGUUGCGGCUCCCAAGCCAGUUAUGGAGGCCAAACCUGCUCCAGUUGAGGCUCCCAAGCCAGUUGUGGAGGCCAAACCUGCUCCAGUUGAGGCUCCCAAGCCAGUUGUGGAGGCCAAACCUGUUCCUGUUGAGGCUCCCAAACCAGUAGCCACUGUGAAGGUUGCAGAGCCUGUUACCAAGGCUGAACCUGCUGAGGCUGCCAAGCCAACCAAACCCGCCUCUGAGCCUUCACCUGCCCCAUCAAAGCCUGCUCCAGUUGAGCCCACUGUUCCGGCCCCAGCUCCUCGUAAACUCACAUUUGCUGAGGCAGUUGCGGCACCUGCUCCAGUAAAACCUGCAGCAGAGGUAGUUAGUAAAACUCCUGAGCCUGUCUCAGCACCCAAACCUGCCCCCACUCCUGCUAAAACCCCAGCCAAGGUGGAGCCUGUGAUCAAGAACGACAAGGGUAUUUCUUUCUUUCCCUCUCCUCUGUGUGCCUUCUGUUUUUCCAGCUUCUUCUUCUCCAAGGGAACUGCUCAGAUAUUAAGAUCUGACUCUAGAAAGAGUUGAAGGUUGCAAAGUAAAAAUUAGUUUUGCUGUUGAUUACAAAAUGUCCCUCAUGUUAUAAGGUGUUUAAUUGACUUUAGGGAUGAAUAAGUCAACUAUUUUGCAAACUGUGGGUCAUUUUGUACAUUAACAUUAAGAUGAGUAAUGGGAUAUGGUUUCAUAUGGUAAAACAUUGGUGCUAUUGUGUACUUGAGUAUUUAGAAGAUAACCAUGUUAAACCAUGAUAGCCAUCAAAGUUCAUCUGACAUUUUCAACAUUACGAGUAUGUAUUUCCUCACAGGUUACUAUAUUUUGAAUCACUAUUAACUGACCUUUUUCAUUCUCCAGGAUUGAUGCAGCUUAAUUUCACAAUAACUAGCUACUGUACUGAUGCAUAACUAAAUUCUGUUUUCUGCUGCUGAUA